GAAGUUCGCCGGUGACGGGUGAAGGGGGUGGGACAGGAGGUGAAUUCUCGCGAUACUGGAGCCGGCGGCCGUCGGUGGUGCACGAGUGAACGAGAGACGGCGUCCAGCGGCGGCCGUUCCUGUUCUUCAUGUAAAGCCGGAGGGGAGGCUGGAAAAAAGGAUUAAACGUGCCGGCGUUCGUUAGAUUGCUGUCAAGGAGAGAGGGUCUUGUUAUUCGCUGCAAGCUGUCCGAGGCCUUUGAAAAAGAAACAACAACAAAAUCAAGCUAGCCCGGAGAUGUCAGUGGUCGGCUUCGAUGUCGGUUUCCAGAACUGUUAUGUGGCUGUGGCGAGAGGCGGCGGCAUCGAGACGGCCGCUAACGAAUGCAGCGAGAGGAGCACCCCAUCUUUUGUGUCCUUGGGACCCAGAAAUCGUACAGUUGGAGCUGCGGCCAAAAAUCAGAUGCUGUCAAAUGUCAAAAAUACUCUACAAGGAUUUAAAAGGCUUCAUGGGCGAGCUUUUACAGACCCGUUUGUAAGAACUGAACAAUCCAAGCUUGCAUAUGACCUUGUUCAGAUGUCAAAUGGUGCUACAGGUGUUAAGGUUUCGUACAUGGAAGAAGAAAGAAAUUUUAGUGUAGAACAGGUUACAGGAAUGUUAAUGACUAAACUGAAAGAAACAGCUGAAGCUGCACUAAAGAAACCAGUCAUGGAUUGCGUGAUAUCAGUCCCAUGUUUCUAUACAGAUGCUGAGAGGAGGUCAGUAAUGGAUGCUGCACAGAUUGCAGGACUCAACUGUUUGCGGCUCAUUAACGAAACCACUUCAGUUGCACUCGCAUAUGGGAUAUAUAAACAAGAUCUACCAGGCCCCGAAGAGAAGCCAAGGAAUGUGGUUUUUGUUGAUUUGGGGCAUUCGGCAUUUCAGGUUUCUGUUUGUGCAUUCAAUAAAGGUAAACUGAAGGUCCUUGCUACUGCUUUUGACCCCUACUUGGGUGGAAGAAACUUUGAUGAGAUUUUAGUAAAUCACUUCUGUGAAGAAUUCAGUAAAAAAUACAAACUAGAUGUUAAAUCAAAGAUUCGAGCUCUAAUCCGGCUUUCCCAGGAAUGCGAAAAGCUGAAGAAACUAAUGAGUGCCAAUGCAUCGGACUUACCAUUGAAUAUUGAGUGUUUCAUGAAUGACAUUGAUGUUUCUGGAGUAUUAAACAGGGGUCAGUUUGAAGAGAUGUGCAGUUCGCUUUUGUCCAGGGUGGAGUCCCCUCUUCGUAGUCUUAUGGAGCAAACCAAGCUUAAACGAGAGGAUAUUUAUGCUGUUGAGAUUGUGGGUGGAGCAACUCGUAUCCCUGCCAUUAAAGAGAGAAUUAGUAAAUUCUUUGGGAAAGCCCUCAGUACAACUUUAAAUGCAGAUGAAGCUGUAGCUCGUGGUUGUGCUUUGCAGUGUGCCAUUCUUUCACCUGCUUUCAAAGUGAGGGAAUUCUCUAUCACUGACUUGGUUCCAUUCCCAAUAUCCAUGAGAUGGAAUUCACCUGCUGAAGAAGGUCUUGGUGAUUGUGAAGUGUUUCCCAAGAACCAUGCAGCACCGUUCUCCAAAGUUCUCACUUUCUACAGGAAAGAAUCCUUUGACCUUGAAGCAAUUUACAGUUGUCCCAAGGAGUUACCUUACCCAGAUCCUAAAAUUGGUCGCUUUACUAUUCAGAAAGUGGUCCCUCAAACCGAUGGGUCCAGUUCUAGGGUGAAAGUGAAGGUGCGAGUUAACAUUCAUGGGGUCUUCAGUGUAUCCAGUGCCUCGUUGGUGGAAGUGCAGAAGUGUGAAGAAGCAGAUGAUGUUCCAAUGGAAACAGAUCAGCAAUCCCAGGCAAAUCUAAAAGAGGAGGAGAGCAAGAUGCAAAUUGAUCAGCAGGAAGAAGCAGCGCACGGAGAUGGCAAUCAUCCUCCGGGAUCAGCAGAAAAUCAGAAAAAUGAACUGGAUGAAAUGGAGACUGGUGAACUGGCUUCAAAGGAAGAUAAGAACAGAGAUCAGCCUCCACAAGCAAAGAAGGCAAAGGUCAAAACAAAGACAGUAGAUCUACCUAUAGAGAACCAUCUGCAGUGGCAAUUGGGUCAGCAACUACUGAAUGUAUUCAUUGAAACUGAGGGUAAAAUGAUUAUGCAGGAUAAACUUGAAAAGGAGAGAAAUGAUGCAAAGAAUGCUUUGGAAGAAUAUGUGUAUGAAAGUAGAGAGAAGCUAUGUGGAAUCUAUGAAAAGUUUGUCAGUAAAGAUGAACAAAGCAAACUAAACCUUCUGUUAGAAGACACAGAAAACUGGUUGUAUGAAGAAGGCGAGGAUCAGGGAAAGCAAGUGUAUAUAGAUAAGUUGACUGAACUAAAGAAACUUGGUCAGCCAAUUCGGGAUCGCUAUCAGGAGUUUGAGGAUUGUCCAAGGGCCUUUGAUGAGAUGGGGAGGCAAGUGCAGCAGUACAUGAAGAUUAUAAACUCCUUCAGAAACAAAGAAGAACAGUAUGAUCACUUGGAUCCGACAGAGAUGGAGAAAGUGGGGAAAUAUGUUCAAGAAGCAAUGGAAUGGAUGAACAGUAAGAUGAAUUUGCAAAGUAAACAGUCUCUAACACAAGACCCACUUGUGAAAUGUGCAGAAAUUCAAGCCAAAGUUAAGGAAUUGGUCAACCUUUGUAACCCCAUUGUUAGCAAGCCAAAGCCUAAAGCAGAGCCUCCAAAAGAAGAAAAAGAGGCAGAACAGAAUGGACCAGUUAAUGGAGAACAAAACACCAACUCAGAGGGCUCCACACCUGCUACCACUGAGAGUGCCCAGAAAAAUGCAGAACAGCACCAACAAACUCUACCAGAAAUGGACAUUGAGUAAAUGUGCAGUAGUCAGCAACACAAACUGUUAGUAAAGUUUCAAGUGGUGGAUCCCGCAGGACAGCUUUUUUUCCCCUUUUUUUGUUAAUGGUGAAUGGAAUAACCUGAAACUGAUAAUCUUGAACCCCUGUCAAAUUUUAGUGUUUAUUUUUACCCCUUCUUUGCAAUGGAACAGGAAAUAAUUAAUACAACUGGAGCUUGACUCAAAUGUUUUUGUAAUGAAAACUAGUUCUGAUUUUGCUUGUGGCUUUCACAAAAAAAAUUUGUUUGCUGUUUAGACCCCUCACUGCCACCAGCCUUAUUGCGGAUGCUGCAGGACUCUUGUGAAUUUUCCAAGCAAGCUUUCUCCUACUAAUUAGUGUGCUGGAUUAAAGUAUCUAGCAGCAGUUCAGUAAGUUGCUCACAUUCUGCUUCAGUGUUGUGUUCAUUUUUUGUUUGAUUGAUCUGUAUUGUUAGUUAUUGAUAACUAUUAGAAAAAGCUAUGUUGCCUGCCUUUUUAAAAAUAUCCAAUCUUCAACGAUUCCACCUUGUAUGUCUUCUUUAGAAUGCUGCUGUCAAUUACCACCUCAGAUGCAUGUUGCUUUGCAACAGUCCAGUAUUGAAGUCAAAAUUAAUAUAGUUUGGAUCAUAUAUGUUAAAGGAAAAAUGUUUUCUACUCAGUUUUUCUAACAAUCCUUUGUCCAAAUAUUUGACAACCUUUUGUUUCACAUCUGAUACCUAUUCAGGCUAUAAAUGUGUAUCAGAAAGAGACACUUGCACAUGCUGCUGUGCAACCUGUAUGCUCUCAAUUACGCUUCUUUUGAUCUGUGACUUUGGCUUCUUCCUUUGAUUUCCAUAUUAUAUUUAAAAUGUUUGUAGAGAAAUGUUCUUAUGGUGGUACUAAUGCAAAAUUUAAGUUUUGGGAGGAGCAGAAAGAGAAAAAAAUGCUCUGCAAUCAUCCAGUGCAAUGCACUAUUGACUUGGAAGAACAGACUAUCACUUUUCAGCUUUGAACUAUUGCUAUAAGUGGUGUGUAAGUAAACACUACAAUCAACUCUAAUUCAUAGAAGCAAAUACCUGCAUUCUAUUUAAUUUGAUCUGUUACCUGGAAAUGUAAAUUCACGGUAAGCAAAUUUAGUUUUUUCCCUCACUUGGAGGAUAAUGGAUCUGUUUUAUUCAGAGGUAGAUAAUCUGUAUUCAAAGAGCACAGUAGCAAUGGUGGUGGUCUUCUUGGCACAGGGAAACUAUUAUUAAUUUUCCUGUGUGCAUAGUUUUAGGAAGGAUGAUGGCUUGAUGACCAGUUUUCAAACUCUUGUUGCUGGCCCAUUAAAUUUUGAUUGAGCAUGUCCCCUCUUCUGUAUUAGCUUUUGGACACGGAGUACCUAUGACAUUAACGCAAAUUCCCCAGAAUACAAUGCUCUCUCCUGGACAUACCCCAAAACAGUAAAUUGUUGCAGCUUUGUGCAGCUGUAAAUAAUUGAAAAUGGCACUGAAUUAAAAAUAAAUCUGUUAUUGUUUUCCA